ACAAAAUUUGAUUCUUUUCGUGUGCAUUUAUUGAUUGCAACAAGUACUUAAUAAUACAUUUUGUUAACCUAUGCAUGACAAUAUGCGAAAAACCACGCAAUUCUAGUGUUACGGAGUGUGCAGCGAUAAAGUUUUGCCAGAGCAACUGGUCUCUGAAUGCCAUGAAGUUCCGUGCCAAGAUGCUGGACGUGCUCUACAUGCGCGAGUUUCAGGCGAUUGCCGCCACGUUGGCCAAGCUGGCCAAGGAUUGCGUCAUGAUAGUGGCACAGGAGCGAAUGCAUUUCAUUGUGAACGAGGAGCAUUGCUCGACCUCAUCGCCGCUUGUGUGGGUCAGCAUAGCGUCCAAAGACUAUUUUCCAGAGUACCAAAUGACGCCAGCACGGCCAGAACAGGAGUUCAUCGUGCUGGUCAUGUCCGCAAUGCAUCUCAGUCGGUCUCUUGCUGUCCUGCGGUCCGGCUCCAGCAGCAGCGUCCACAGCUGUAAGCUGAAUCUAAAGCAAAUACAAUUUCCCUGCAUCUCGGUAAUAGCAUCUGUGGUGUCACCCAAUUCCUCUGAGCCGCGUGAGGUGGUGCACGACGUGCCCGUGACUGUGAUCCCGGCCAGCGAUUGGCCCUCGUUUAUGCUGCCCAAAGUGCCCAACACUCAGAUUGUGCUCGGCGUUCCAUCGCUUCGACUGCUGCGCAGUCUGAUUGAUAAGUUAAAAAACAUAUCGCCCAGUCUUAUAUUCCAUGGCAGCACAGCCGGCGAACUAAAUCUGGUAGCCGAAUCUGAAAUGGCCACCAUAACAACACGUUUCAGUCGCCUGCUACUGCACAAGCCCGAUCAAGGACAGUCGGGUGCUGGGGCAGAGACUAGUGAGCCGGAAAUCUCGUGCUCCGUGGAUACACGCAAGGCAUCUGCAUUCUUCAAUGCACUCCAGUUGCCCAAUGAGGAAAUUAUGAUCGGCAUAGAUAGUGAACGUUGCAUCUGCCUGCAACUGGACAUUCGCAGCAAUGUGGUUUUACAUUCCAUUCUGCCAGCAGUUUGUGUUUAAAUUUAAUGAUUAAAGUGAAGCGAAAUAAAAUGAUAUCGAUAUGCAUAUGUGCGUGCGCUAAAUAUCGAUAUGCAAAUGGGCAAGAAUAUCAUCGAUAAGCGAAAGUUUUUUUUUUUGUUUCUUUUGAGUUUGUUGUUUUACUUUGUUUUCUUUAUUUAUGCUCUCUUUGCUGCUCGCCCCAAUUUGGCAGCGACGGCUGUGCAGGCCGUGGCCUCUUUUCCGUUGUGCAGCGAUGGCGACGGCAACGCUGACGCUGACUGAGCUCUCGCUCUUUUGAGCUGUUGCAUUGCCUGUUUCAUAUGUGUUUGUAUACAUGUAUGUGGUAUACAUUGYUGUUUGUUUGUUUGCAUAUUUAUUGUGUUUUUUGUUACUGGUUUUACAACCUCAUCUGUUUGCUCACUCGCGAUUGCCAGCUAGUUGCAUUUAAGGCACGCUGUUGUUGUUUCUCUAGCACACUGCAUUUGCAGGUGAGUAGCUUUUCAAGUAGGCCAGCAGCGACGUCGACUGCGCAGCGUGGGUCGCUCAAAAUCGUGCUCACAGCGAUUCGCACACAGGUCAACAGCCAUUUUGGGUACGAUUGUGUCUUAUUCAACGAAAGAAAAUCAAAUUGAAAUGUUAUCUAUCUUAAAAUAAACAAGUGGCUGUUAUUUAUAUCAGCCUCUGUCUGGCUGCUAGAAGUGCCCUACGUGGCUGUUAUAUGUAUGGA